CUGAGAUGAAGUACUUGCUGCUACUGAUCGCCUGUUUGGCAUAUUCGAGUGCACUUGUGCAUUUCAAACAGUUGGAAAAAGGAGCGAAUGGCUGCAAAAUGGGUAAAUUGGAGAUGAAGGUUUCCGACACAGUACAGGAUCCAGAAGUGUGCGGCGUCUAUCAAUGUAUGAACACGAAGGGCGAGGCCCUGAUUUACUAUUGCCAAAUACCGCCUCAUUUUAUUGGUUGUUAUAAAUGGGCGGUGCUUACAUUUUUAGAUUUUCCCGAAUGCUGCUGGACUUGUGCUAUGUAUGUCUGGUGCGAUAAGGACGGAAAGAGAAUUUGGGGUUAUACGGCCAACCCGUAAACUUAGACAACUAUUGGUUAUUAACCUUAACCAUUUAUUUAUUAACCUCGACUGGACUCGUUAAAAAAAGA